AUACAUAAUAAAAAUAAAAAUUAUUCUUCUCUAUCAUUUAAAUAUAUAAAAAUGGAAAGUUAAUAUUUUGAUUUCGAAGUAGAAAUAAAAAAACUACACACAAAUUAUAUUUCUUAAAAUGCUUAUUUUUAAGUUUCACUAUAAAAAGAUGAUAAUAUAAUUGAAAAUAAAAGAAAAAUUCCUUUUAAUGUUUAUAAUUAUGACUUGAAUAUAAAUGAAAUAUUUUAAUUUAAAUAAAAAUUUAAAAUGAACUAAAAAAAAAAUGAUAUAGAAAAUGAAUAUGCUGAAAUUUAAUUUCAAAUAUACUAAGAUGAAAAAGAAAAACAAAUUUUUGGAAUUUAUUAAAUAAACUUAAGUGACUAUAUAAAAAAGUAUCCAAAUAAUAAUUAUAAUAUUAAUGAUUUUUUAAAUAACUGUUAAUAUAAAACCACAAAAAUAUUUUUUGAUAUCAAAUUUGAAAGGUCUGAUAUUUCUACAUCUUCAAGUGAAAAUUCUUGUUCAAUGAAAUUUAUUACAGAAAUAAAAUAAUAAAGUCCUUGUUAAUCAAAAUAGUAAAUUCAUAAAAGCAUCGAAUACAGUGGAGUUAAGUAACCAAAUACUAAUUCUUUAACUCCAAAAAUUAAAUUGACAUCAUAAAAUCGUUUUUAUACAUAAAAUUAGAUUGAAAAAAAAAAGUGAAUAUAUAAAUACAAAAAUAAAAAGAUGAAUAUUUAAAUUACGAGACUUUAAAAUAAUUAAUUAAUUUGAAAAAAAAAUAUAUAUAAUAAUAGAAAAUGUAAAAGAGUUUUUCCUAAAGAUUUAAUGAUUAAAAAAAAUAAAUUUAACCUUCAAGAAGUUUUAUG